GAAGGCCGCCGCAAAUCCAAAUCCACCCUUCGAGUGUCUUCUCCCAUGAGCACGAGAGGUUGUGCAAUCGCAGAGAUCGCGAGGGCGCCGCGUGUCUCCGCCGUCGUUCUCACUCGAUGAUCGCUGGCUUCGGCGGACCUGGCGGCCGCGGCGGCGCUCGGGGGUGCGACGCGUGCCGAACGGAGCCGAGCGCGGUGUACUGCCGGGCGGACGCGGCGUUCCUGUGCGGCGGGUGCGACGCGCGGGUGCACACGGCGAACCGCGUGGCGUCGCGGCAUGAGCGCGUGUGGGUGUGCGAGGCGUGCACGGUCGCCCCGGCAGCGCUCGCCUGCCGAGCUGACGACGCCGCGCUCUGCGCCGCAUGCGACGCCGAGGUCCACUCCGCGAACCCCCUCGCCCGCCGCCACCACCGCGUCCCCAUCCUCCCCCUCCCCCUCGCCGGAACCCCCUACCUCACCUCGACAGAGGAGGAGCACCGCCACCACGUACUCGAGGACGAGGCAGAGUCGUGGCUAUUGAUCAAUACCAAGAACUGCGACACCCCUGCGGCCUUAUUCGGUGUCGAUCAGGUGGAUGAGUACUUGGACCUCGUCGGCUACAACAACAACGCCUGUAACGAGAUCCACAAUCAAGAACAUCAACUCCAUCAUCAUCUAAGUGAGGGCGUAGUUCCUUCUCCUCUUUGCUUACAAACUGUCAAAGAGCAUCAAGAAUUACAGCAGCAGCAGCAGCAAGAGGAAGGCUAUGGGUUGGAGUUGGAAUACGAAGUGUCGAAUUGCAUUGUCGGAUUCAGCUGCACUGACAAUUCCCUCGGCCACAGCGUAUCCUUUGCAUCCAUGGACGCGAGUAUAGUGCCGGACACUACAAAAACAGAGGGGUCGAUCAGGCUCCUUCCUUGCUCUCCACUGCCGCAAAUGGCACCCCAGUUUCCUAUGUACAGGGAGGCCAAAGUGCUCAAGUAUAGAGAGAAGAGGAAGGCUAGGAAAUUCGAGAAGAUCAUAAGGUAUGCAUCAAGAAAGGCAUACGCUGAGAUGCGACCGAGGAUCAAGGGCCGGUUCGUGAAGCGGCCGGAUGCAGAGCACAAGCCUUCGGAUGGUAGCUACAGCAUUGUGCCUUCUUUCUAGUGCUUGUGGAAGAGAGAAUUUUCAUGUGUGUUUUGUUGAACUAGCAGAAGAGUUUCAGUUAAUAUUGUUGGCCAAAUUUAAGCAAUGGAUACAGAUAUUGUUAGAUA